AGCUGAAAACACAUAUAACUUUUUGUUUUUCCAUAUAUUUUCUACUAUUUAUUCUGAAUACGGCUUAAGUGAAAUUAAACGAGUAUGCGUUAUUACCGAUACGAUGAGGUUUGCCUACAUAACAAAAAGGAAGAUUUUUGGGUUGUAAUACAUGGCAAUGUUUUUGAUUUGACUCCCAUGCUCAGGGAUCGUCAGGAGACUUGGAAUAAGAAUUUGGAUUAUUUGUUGGCUUUUGGUGGUAAAGAUCUCUCCCACUUCUUCCAUUUGAAUCAUACACCCAAAACUGAAGUUUCCGGGUCUUCUGGUAUAAGACGUGUGCUAUUUCCACCCAUUUUGGAAAGUGCUCAUAGUGCUCAUUGCAAAACCCAUAACAAAAUAUGGAGUCAAGAUCCUUGUUAUCACAUAGGAUGUGUAACCAAAAGAGAACGCCAAAUACGGAUUAUAAAUACCUUGACUGGAACUGUUGUAAACAUGAAGGUAUGUGAUGAGGACAGCAUUUACGAUAUUCAAAGGAAAUACAAGGAGUUUUACAAUUUUCAUGCGGGUAGUUAUUUAUGGCGUAAAUUUUCCUAUGGUGGUCAUUGCCCUGGCGAAUUAGUGUUGCAUGAAACCCUUGCAGGCAAUGGCUUAAUUGUCGAGGAAUCUGAUAUUGAAUUACCUGUACCUUCAAUUUGGCUUUAUUAUACCGAUGAUUUGACGGUGGCUUGAGUGGGAUUACAUCUAGUGUUGUAAAUGGAAAAAUUCCAACCUUUGAAAUAUUUUCACACAAUUUCGAUGGUAUUGUCUGAAGUUUUGUUGGUUUUUCUGCAAUGGAUUAGACAUUUUUAUUCAAAUGUU